AUGGAGCCAGUUAUCUCCGCAGAUCACGGUUCAUCCAGCACAGCCACUGCUUCAUGGUGGUGGCUCCCGGGUCGACUGUGGCUCCGGGCCCAAGCGAUAACCUGGCGUCAAUUGUCCAGCUUGGGAUUUGUCCUGCACAAUCGGGCUGAUCCACCGGCCACUCAUCCGUCCAUCACGGAGUGGAUCGACGUUGGCGACGAACCAUCCUCGAGCAAAGGUUCAAUCAAGCUCGAUAUCUGGUACCCUGAUGCAAUUGAUUCCGCUUCUUCUCAAGCCCCCUGCGUUAUCUCACUUCAUGGUGGUGGAUUCACCCUUGGAGCAGGUACAGACGAUACCAGAUGGGCCAAUGCCGUCUGUAGUCAGAUCGGAGCAGUGGUCAUCGCUGUGAAUUAUCGCCUGGCUCCAGAGUUCCCAUUUCCCAUCGGCGUAGAAGAUUGUGCCGAUGCAGUCCAACACAUUUGGGACAAUGCAGAAAGCUACCAGAUCGAUAAGAACAAAAUCAUUCUGUCAGGCUUUUCAGCAGGAGGAAAUCUAGCCUUUGCAAGCUGGCUCCUGGUCCGACAGAGACAGCGUGACUCCUACCCUAAUACCACCGGAUACUCACCUCAUCAUGGCUCAAAUCCCUCGCCCUCGAUUCGAGGGAUAGUUGCGUUCUACCCUCUCCUCGAUUGGUCUACAUCCCGAGCGAUCAAGACGGCAAAGAUGGCAGAUCCUAGUCAAGGUCUCUCACCGCUCCUGACGACAUUAUUCGAUAGGUCUUACCGUGACCCUGGAGCCGAUCCAAAGAAUCCCCUCAUGUCUCCGAUCUAUAUGUCCGAGGAGGAUCUCAGAGCUCUCCCUCCGGUCCAUUUGUGCGCUUGCGAGCUUGACAUGUUAUUGGAUGAAGCGGAGAGGUUCAGAGACCGAGCGGACGCCUCGCUUGGCAAGGGUAGAGUGACUUGGCGACUGGUCCCCGGGGCUAGACAUGGCUUUGAUAAGCCUCCGCCUGUGGUGCCGACACUCCGGGCGAUGGAAGAAUACGAGGCGGGCAUAGGCUCGAUCCGGACCUGGCUGGGGCAUUGA